AAGGGGAAAAAGGAAACCUUGAGACCCACUCUACACCAUGCCCUCCUCCUCUCAACCCAUCGACGACUCCCAAGCCGCGCGCAUAACCUCCUCCUGCCCUCCUUCCACCUCGGAGAUCCUCCAAGCAGCAUGGGACCACGAUGUCGCCGCAGUUAGUAAGCUCCUCGACAAACCAGGCAAGGCGAGCGUCCAGGACCCCACGACGGGCGAGACCCCACUGCACGCCGCGAUCCGGUCGUGCGGUCCUGCCACGAGCACACCUUCGGACGAGGCUGCCCUCGAGCAGGCUAAGGCCACCGUCAGUGAGCUGCUCCUCUGGGGCGGUAUCUGGAACGAUGUGGACGACCACAACGAGACACCCGGUUGCGUCGCAUACCGUCUAGGGCAGACGGCUUUGUAUACACUCUGCGUUGAGGCCGGAAUGCGCGCCGAGAUGCUGUUUGGCCUGCUCGACGGGUACCAGGAGCUCAGCUCCGGCUCUGAGGCCGACGACGAGGACAUGGCCGAGGACGAGGAGCCCGCGCAUGUCGAGGUCGAUACAGCCGGCAUGAACCCCGAGCUCGAAGAUGGCGAGGAUGCUCCGGACCUGCCGGCAGAACCGACGUUCAGUCCGCCAGAGAACGGCACCGAGAGCGAGGUCAAGAGCGAGAAGUAUCUGCGGUCGAAACUCACGUACUCCGAUGGAAAGCUUGUGGACGACGACGGCAAUGGCGUGAUGAUGGCCUGGGAGACGGACAUUAUGCGGCGGAGCGUGGAUGCGCUGAUUCCCGAGCACGCACCCGGGAAGAGGAUUCUGAAUAUUGGCUUCGGAAUGGGGAUUAUCGACAGCAUGUUCGCUGACACGAAGCCCGCAAGACACCACAUUAUCGAAGCGCACGAGGAGGUCCUGGCACAUCUUGACGAGCCAGAGUCGACAUUCGGGGCAAAUUGGGAGGCCAGCGGACCUGAGGAGGGCGCGUACAAGGUUCAUAAGGGACGCUGGCAGGACAUUGUGCCCGUAUUAUUGGAGCGGGGCGAGAUUUACGACGCCGUGUAUUUUGAUACCUUUGGCGAAGCUUAUAGUCAGCUGAGGAAGUUCUUUACUGAGUAUGUCCCCGGCUUGCUGGAAGCAGAUGGCGUGUUUGGUUUUUUCAAUGGUUUGGGCGCGGAUAGGAGAAUAUGCUACGACGUCUAUACGAAGGUCGUUGAGUUGCAUCUCACGGAUGCAGGUAUGGACGUCGAUUGGCAAGAGAUUGAUGUGGACCUCCAAGGGCUGGAGGAGGCCGGGAAGGGCGAGUGGGAGGGCGUCAAGAGAAGGUAUUGGACACUGGACAAAUACCGCCUGCCAAUCUGCACCUUCUUGGGCUGA